UGGCUGAGGCGCCCUGGCGCUGCCUGCGCGCAAUUCCCGCCUAGCUACUCCCGGCCGCCCGGCGCCUGCGAAGAGGUGGGCAGUCCUCGGUCCUGCCGGCGCGGGCAGGCAGCGGGCUGCGAUGCGGAGCCGGCCGGGGCACUUCGUGGACCUGCGGCUGAAGCAGCGCGUUAAGCAGUAUCUUGCAAGUAGUAAAUGUGGCCAGUAUGUUGACAUUGGAAUCCUAGCAUCUGAUUUGCAGAAAACCUACAGUGCAGACUAUGGACGAAGAAAACGAAAUGCUUUUAGAAUACAAGUUGAAAAAGUGUUUGGAAUAAUCAGUAAUGAAAAAGAACGUGAAGAUUUAGCAGGUUUAGAAGCCGAACACGUGGCAAAAAGAGCAAGACAGCAAGAGAAAAAUGAGACUGGAGGAAGUGCCACAGAUGACUCUGAUUAUGAUGAUUAUCCAGAAGAUCUAUCUACAAAUCACAUGAACAGUUCCCUGCUGAGCUUAUACAAGAAAGGAAAUCCCGAUUCUGUUCCAACCACUCCAAAAAAUGAACCAAUGGAAACCCCCCAUCCUGUACGAACAGCUCCCCAAACAAGCACCCUCUCAUCAGGAGCAAGAGUAGAAACACGUAUCUCUGAGGGUGGCUGGUUCAUUGAUAAAACUCCAUCUGGAAAAGACUUUUUCAUUGACCUUUCUGAGGAUGGAGAAGGAGAUGAAAAGAAACUGAUUUCUGAGAAAUCAACAGAAGUGUCUGUCUUGGAGAGUGAAAGAAAGAAGACAAAGGGUAAGAGAACAAAAAGAAAAAAAGAAGAACUUCCAGAUGUAGAUGAAGAGAUUAAUUCCAUCUUGCUUAAAGAGAAAGUUAGAAGUAAGGCACCAGAGCUUUACCACCCUUCAGUGAAGUUUGAGGAUGUAGGAGGCAAUGAUGGAACUUUAAAGGAAAUAUGCAAGAUGCUUAUUCAUGUCCGUCACCCUGAAGUCUAUAAGCACUUAGGCGUGGUUCCGCCUCGCGGUUUUCUUUUACAUGGACCACCAGGAUGUGGAAAGACACUACUUGCACAGGCAAUUGCUGGGGAACUUGAGCUCCCGAUGCUGAAAGUUGCAGCAACAGAGGUGGUGUCUGGAGUGUCAGGGGAGUCUGAGCAGAAACUGAGAGAGCUGUUUGAGCAGGCUGUGUCCAAUGCACCGUGUGUCCUUUUCAUUGAUGAGAUUGAUGCCAUCACCCCAAAAAGAGAAGUUGCAUCGAAGGACAUGGAGCGGAGAAUUGUUGCUCAGUUCCUAACUUGCAUGGAUGAUUUGAAUAACGUGGCUGCCACUACCCAGGUCCUUGUUAUCGGAGCAACUAACAGACCUGACUCACUUGACCCUGCAUUGAGGAGAGCUGGGAGGUUUGAUCGGGAAAUUCGUUUGGGGAUCCCAGAUGAAGCAGCAAGAGAAAAAAUUCUUCGGACUUUGUGUCGAAAACUUAAGCUCCCAGAAUCCUUUGAAUUUCAUCACUUAGCACGGCUGACUCCAGGUUAUGUAGGUGCUGAUCUGAUGGCACUUUGUCGUGAGGCAGCUAUGUGCACAGUGAACAGGGUCCUGAUAAAAUCUGAGCAGCAGGAAAAGAAACAUACACACGCUGGAGGAAAUUCAGCUGAAGAAAGCAUGGGAAUAGGAACAGACAUCCUGGUGGAAGAGAAUGCCAAACAACUAGAACUACCUCCUAAGGAUGAAUUGCAGAGGCUUUUGGAUUUGCUGAAGAAGCAAGACCCCUUGCCUGAGGAGCAGCUGCAGAAGCUGUGCAUUGAGAUGAAUGAUUUUAUUGUUGCACUGUCAUCUGUGCAACCCUCUGCCAAGAGAGAAGGCUUUGUCACAAUUCCUGAUGUGACAUGGGCAGAUAUCGGAGCCCUGGAGGAUGUUCGGGAGGAGCUGACUAUGGCAAUAUUGGCACCUGUGCGAAACCCAGAGCAGUUUAAAGCUCUGGGCCUCACUACUCCAGCUGGUGUCCUCCUUGCAGGGCCUCCUGGAUGUGGCAAAACGCUGUUAGCUAAGGCUGUGGCAAAUGAGUCUGGACUGAACUUUAUAUCUGUGAAAGGUCCCGAGCUGCUAAAUAUGUAUGUUGGUGAAAGCGAACGUGCUGUCCGUCAGGUAUUCCAGCGUGCCAGGAAUUCAGCCCCGUGUGUUAUAUUCUUUGAUGAAGUUGAUGCUUUGUGCCCUCGCAGGUCUGACCGUGAAUCAGGAGCCAGUGUCCGAGUAGUUAACCAGUUACUCACAGAGAUGGAUGGUCUGGAGAAUCGUCAGCAGGUUUUCAUUAUGGCUGCCACAAACAGGCCAGAUAUAAUUGACCCAGCUAUCCUGCGCCCAGGUCGACUGGAUAAAACACUGUACGUGGGUUUGCCACCACCUGAAGAUCGACUUGCUAUUUUAAAGACCAUCACCAAAGAUGGCACCCGGCCUCCACUAGAUACUGAUGUAAGCCUUGAAGAAAUAGCUUACAGUCAACAUUGUGAUUGUUAUACAGGAGCAGACCUUUCCGCUCUGGUGCGUGAGGCUUCAGUUUGCGCCUUAAGACAGGAAAUGGCCCUGCAGAAUACUCAAAGCAAGAAAGAAAUCAAGGCAAACUAUGUAAAAGUAAGACACCAAGGUAUAGAUUACUGACAGCUGAAUUCUCCAUGGGGUCAAGCCUUGUGCCUGUUUUUAUCACACAAUAAGCAUGAAGUAGCCUAACUUACUUUCAGUAAGAGGUAAAACUACUUUACCUAACAGUAGAUAGUGUGUUUAUGUCUAGCCAUAGCUAUCAGCAGUUUCACCUUGACCUUUUCUGAUAACUAUGUCCUUACUGAUACCAAUAACCUAGUUGCUGAAUGCUGUUUAUUCCUUUCCUCCCUCCCUAUAGCUGAGGCUGUAUCCUGUUUCACAAUUCGAUUAAAGAGUUACAGGCUUAAAAACAAAACUGAAAGCAGAAUUAAAUUCUCAUAGCUUCAUUUUGUUAUUUUUUGGAGUUUUCAUGACUCAAUCUUAAAUUAAUUUGGCUUCUGUGAAAGACCCACACUGAACUUUCUUACUGUAAGUAGGGUUUCCUUGGAAAAAUAAGUUGAAAUGAUGAUAUUUUUAGUCUACACCUUUAUACUGGUAUAACGUCAUACAGUAAUGAGAAUCUUGAGUAAGAGCUUCAGAGAACUAAGAAAGAGCAGUAAGGAUGUGUGUUUAGUUCAAUGAACUUUAACCUUCAUCUUUACUUUUUAAGCAGGUAAUCGUAAUUGUAGACUAUUUGGUAUUCUGUUUUAUACCUUACAUAAGCUCUUAUUUAAUUUAGUGCUUUCCAUUCACUGCGUAGUUUUUUGUUGUAUCAGCAGAUUGUUCUAACUCAGACAAAUAUAUUAAUGAGGAGUCCUGACAGUUUUCAUGUCAGCACACCCCACUUCACAUUACAAAGGUAGUGGCAGUACACAUCUGUGCAAACAAAGUCAUCAUAAUGAAACGCAUUUAAAAUUCACCAGGUUGACUAAGGACAUACUUUUUGUACCUUGAUCACAUCUAGUACCUGGGUAUAAUAUUAGGAUUGCAAUGAGUCUGUAUAGCAAUGGUAUCUUGGGAUUCUUAAGUCUAAACAAAGCACUUGCAUGUGAGAGCAGAAGAUUCUGUGAUUUGAGGUGUGCAUAUGUUUUAGCAUACUAAAAAAAAAACAACCCCAAAAACCUGUUCAGAAGGUUAUGAUUAGGAAUAAUUAAUGCAGCAAUCCACAGUAAGGUCAAAAAGGCAAUUUGCAUAAACUUAAACACAGUUGUAGAAGUGGAAGCUUGCAUCACUUCUGGGUAAUGCCGGGCAGUACUAUGAAGUCAGUUAUUAAGGAAUUGAGCAUCCUGUAGUAAAGCUGGAAUGAUAAAAUGUUUUCUAGGUACUUAUUCGAUAGCACUCUGUAUGGAAGUUUAAUAAUAAGUAUGUAUAGAAAAUAGACCCCAGAACUGGAAGCAGCAGGAUUUGAGGCACUCGCUUCCAGAAGGGUUGAGGGACUCGAAUUCUAACUGGAUUUGAUGCAAGCUGCUGUUAAGUCAGAUCUUUAAAAAUGAAACUCUCAGUCUGCAGGCAAAAACUUAAGUAAAUACCUAAGAACCUUCUGAAACAAACAUUCUUUGGCUUAGGGUGCAGGGGCUAGAGGGAUUGAGAUCUUGUCUACAAUCAUAAACAGGAGGCUACGUAAAAUUUGUAAGAGGUUCAGGUGGUCUUAACACUGCUGAAUUUGAUCUCAUCCAACUGAUGAGCACAUGCAGUUGGCUAGGUUCCAGGAAUGCUGCCUUGAAAUGCACACAAUAAUAGCUUGAUUGUCACUUGGCUGCAGUUUUAACACGUUAUUAUGCUCUGUUCUCCAAGGAGAAAUCAAGAUUUCCCGUAAACACUUUGAGGAAGCUUUUAAGAAAGUGAAAUCUUCAGUAUCAAAAAAGGUAAGAUAAGCUUUAGGUAUGCAGGACUCCUAACUCCUCUGAGAAGGAUACUCUUUAUGCUGGAACCUGGUGGGAAUGGUAAAGGUUGCAGUAU